GACCUGCCGCAGCAUUCAUCCCCUCAUCCUGCGCGCUGAUGCCAGCUCGGGGGGGUCACAGGGGGGGCGCGGGGGCAGGGGGCCGGUCAUUGUCCUCCGCGCGCUAUAUAAGCGGGCUGAGGCCGGUCGUGUGCCAGGCUCACCGGCUCGCACGAGCUGAUCCAGAGCAGAAAACACGCAGAGACACGCGCGCCUCUCCGAACUGACACAAACUUCAGGUGAAUUCCUCUCGCGUGGAUCCCUCACGCUUCCUCUCCUCGCAGUCAUGGACUCGCUCUACUCCGACAUCGACAGCAACAGCUGCGACUUCUUCCCGCACAGCGAAGACGAGGAGUCCCGCAGCCCGCGCUGCGCGUCCCCGCAGCCCGAGCAGCAGAAGAAGCAGCGGCGUCGCGGCCGCGCGCGCAGCGACGCCACGGUGCAGGUGGUGAAGAAGAACCGGCGCCUGAAAGCCAACGACCGCGAGCGUAAUCGCAUGCACAACUUGAACGACGCGCUGGACGCGCUGCGCGGCGUGCUGCCCGCAUUCCCGGACGAGACGAAGCUGACAAAAAUCGAGACUCUGCGGUUCGCGCACAACUACAUCUGGGCGCUGUCCGAGACCAUCCGCAUCGCGGACCUGCAGGCGGGCAAGGCUGGAGAGCCGCCUGUGCUGCUCAGCCCGUGCCUAGCCGAGGCCCCGAGCCCGGGCAGCGAUGCCUGCUCCUGGAGCUCCAGUGGCUCCUCGUCCUCGUCCUCCCCGGCCUACUGCGCCUCCAGCCCGGGCAGCCCCGCCGCGCCCGAGGACUACAGCUACCUGCGGCAGGACGCGCUGUACGGCUUCCGCAGCUUCGUGCCGGGCAUCUACUGAUCCAUGAGCCCGGAGGUCCCGCUGGAAUAAGACUGAGAGCCGCUAUUUGCCUUACUCACACCUCAUCACCAUCGUCGUCGUGCCUCUACGGAUGGACUGGAAAUGAAAGGAACUGAAUUUGAUCUGUUUUUUUAUUAUUAGUUUUGGGUUUUGUAAAUUUCUCCAAAAACCUUUGCACUUUCCCCUCUCCCCCCUCUCUCCCCCAGAGUCUGCAGGUUACCUCAGUCUCAGUUUUUCUGUUUUCGUGUCCGAGGUGAAAAGUCAAUUUUACAAUUAGUAGAGUGAUUCUGCAGAAAAGAGAGCGUGGAAAUCGAGUUUCAACGCUCCCACAAUAGACUGAAAGGAGCUGCCCGCAUUCAUUAUGUAUUCCACACACACACACACACCUCUCUCUGCUGUGUUUUUAUUUAUUCGACUCGUUUCGUUUUGUCACGUGAAAUUUGUAUUUUGUACAUAAAGAGAUUUUAUUCUAUUUACUUGGAGCUUUGGUGCCACUUUUCUACUAAAUAAUAAAGUUAUAACGUUUCUAUAAAACUCGCCUCUGCCUGCUUCUCCUUGAUCCCGAGCCUCAGUCUGCGCAGAUAUGCUGCAGUAAUCUGAGUUUAAUCCGGGUUUAACCGCCGUGCACGGGCGCAGACAAUGGCUUCAGGGAUCGUGCGUGAGUUUUUUUUUUAUUAUAAUGAUAAUUAAUAUUAAUAAGAUAACGGUUUGCUGAGAGCAGCAGGUGGAAGCACGUCACGCGACACGGAGAUCGUUUAAAGUUUGACUGUGAUGUUAAUGAGGCACAAAUAAAAAGCGGUGGAAGAUCAUAAACAAGCAAACUGCAACUAAAGGAUUUAAUGUGAUUUAAUGAGCUUUACAGAUGCACCAGCCUGUUGUUCUGCGCAUGUGUACAGGCGAUUAGAGAGCAAUUUCAAAAUAAAACAAUAAAAU